GUGGGUGUGGUGAGCUCGGGAUCAGGAGGCGGAGCCUCAGUUGGAGCCGCUCCUGCCUACUCCUCUAUGGCCCUGGGAGGAAGGGUGUUUCCUGGUCGUGCCUAGGAAGUUUCGGCCUCAGCUUGUACAGAGUUGAAGGUGGAGUCGGGGGGACCCGGGAGCCCCAGGACCGACACUGACCUAUUACGGAGCAGGCAGCAGACCAGUUCUCCAUGUGAGCAGUGCAGCAGCUGGCAGGACAAGAAUUCACUGAUCGCAGGGCCGGAGAACUUCCAAACUCAGGCGCAAGAAUGACGACCCAUGUAACACUUGAGGACGCCUUGUCUAAUGUAGACCUGCUGGAGGAGCUGCCUUUGCCUGACCAGCAACCCUGCAUUGAGCCACCUCCCUCAUCACUGUUGUAUCAGCCAAAUUUUAACACUAACUUUGAAGACAGAAAUGCCUUUGUCACUGGCAUUGCAAGAUACAUUGAACAAGCAACUGUUCAUUCUAGUAUGAAUGAAAUGCUGGAAGAAGGGCAAGAAUAUGCCAUUAUGCUGUACACAUGGAGAAGCUGCUCAAGGGCUAUACCACAGGUGAAAUGCAAUGAACAGCCUAAUCGUGUGGAAAUCUAUGAGAAGACAGUGGAAGUGUUGGAACCAGAGGUCACCAAGCUGAUGAAUUUCAUGUAUUUUCAGAGAAAUGCCACGGAACGCUUCUGUGCUGAAGUGAAACGCUUGUGCCAUGCAGAAAGAAGAAAAGACUUUGUAUCUGAGGCUUAUUUACUUACACUUGGAAAAUUCAUCAAUAUGUUUGCUGUACUGGAUGAGCUGAAAAACAUGAAGUGCAGUGUGAAAAAUGAUCACUCAGCGUACAAAAGGGCAGCACAGUUCUUGCGUAAAAUGGCAGACCCUCAGUCUAUCCAGGAGUCCCAGAACCUCUCUAUGUUUCUUGCCAAUCACAAUAAGAUAACCCAGUCAUUACAGCAGCAGCUGGAAGUCAUUCCAGGCUAUGAAGAACUCCUUGCAGACAUUGUGAACUUGUGCGUUGACUACUAUGACAACAAAAUGUACUUGACGCCUGGGGAGAAGCACACUCUACUAAAAGUGAUGGGAUUUGGAUUGUACCUCAUGGACGGAAAUGUGAGCAACAUCUACAAACUGGAUGCUAAAAAGAGAAUAAACCUGAGCAGAAUUGACAAGUUCUUCAAGCAGCUGCAGGUGGUGCCCUUGUUUGGUGAUAUGCAGAUAGAAUUGGCAAGAUACAUUAAGACCAGCAUCCAUUAUGAGGAGAAUAAGUCAAGAUGGACUUGCACCUCAUCCAGCAGUAGUCCUCAGUACAACAUCUGUGAGCAGAUGAUCCAGAUUAGAGAAGACCACAUGCGCUUCAUCUCAGAGUUGGCUCGCUACAGCAAUAGCGAAGUCGUCACUGGAUCUGGUCGUCAGGAAACACAAAAGACCGAUGCUGAAUACCGGAAACUCUUUGACUUGGCAUUGCAGGGACUUCAGCUCUUAUCACAGUGGAGUGCUCAUGUGAUGGAAGUGUAUUCCUGGAAGCUUGUGCACCCAACUGACAAAUAUUCUAACAAAGACUGCCCGGACAAUGCUGAAGAGUAUGAGCGGGCAACACGCUACAACUACACCAGUGAGGAGAAGUUUGCUUUGGUAGAGGUGAUUGCUAUGAUUAAAGGUUUGCAAGUUCUCAUGUGUCGUAUGGAGAGUGUGUUUAACCAUGCCAUCCGUCACACAAUAUAUGCAGCACUGCAAGACUUCGCACAGGUUACCCUUCGGGAACCAUUAAGACAGGCCAUCAAAAAAAAGAAGAAUGUCAUUCAAAGUGUGCUUCAGGCAAUCAGAAAAACAGUAUGUGACUGGGGUGCAGGAUGUGAACCAUUUAAUGACCCUGCUCUUAGAGGGGAAAAAGACCCUAAGACAGGCUUUGACAUUAAAGUUCCAAGACGUGCAGUAGGACCAUCCAGCACUCAGCUAUACAUGGUGAGAACCAUGCUAGAGUCCCUCAUUGCUGAAAAAAGCGGUUCCAAGAAAACGCUGCGGAGUAGCCUAGAGGGCCCCACCAUUUUGGACAUAGAAAAAUUUCACCGCGAAUCAUUCUUCUACACACACUUGCUUAAUUUCAGUGAGACCCUACAGCAGUGUUGUGAUCUUUCCCAGCUCUGGUUCAGAGAAUUCUUCUUGGAGCUGACCAUGGGUCGUAGGAUUCAGUUCCCCAUUGAUAUGUCCAUGCCCUGGAUUUUAACUGACCACAUCCUAGAAACAAAAGAGGCGUCCAUGAUGGAGUAUGUUCUCUACUCUCUGGAUCUGUAUAAUGACAGUGCGCACUAUGCCCUCACAAAAUUUAAAAAGCAAUUCCUGUAUGAUGAGAUUGAGGCUGAAGUAAACUUGUGUUUUGACCAGUUUGUCUACAAACUAGCUGACCAAAUAUUUGCCAACUAUAAAGUUGUAGCUGGCAGUUUACUCUUGGAAAAACGACUACGAUCAGAUUGUAAAAACCAGGGAGCCAAUAUCUCACCACCAAUAUCUAUCCGCUAUGAUACGUUGCUAAAGCAGCGACAUGUUCAGCUCUUGGGCAGAUCAAUUGAUCUCAAUCGUUUAAUUACUCAAAGGAUCACUGCAGCAAUGUACAAGUCAUUGGAACUGGCAAUUGGACGAUUUGAGAGUGAAGAUCUUACUUCCAUUGUGGAGCUUGAAGGCCUUCUUGAAAUAAACCAAAUGACUCACAAAUUACUGAGCAAGUUCCUGACCUUGGACAGCUUUGAUGCCAUGUUUCGGGAAGCAAAUCAUAAUGUCUCUGCCCCCUAUGGAAGAAUCACCCUUCAUGUCUUCUGGGAACUCAACUAUGAUUUCCUCCCAAAUUACUGCUACAAUGGUUCCACAUACAGAUUUGUCCGUACAGUUCUUCCAUUCUCACAAGAAUUUCAACGUGAUAAACCACCCAAUGCACAACCACAAUAUUUAUAUGGCUCCAAGACUCUUAACCAUGCAUACAGCAGCAUUUUCAGUACAUACAGAAACUUUGUGGGCCCUCCUCAUUUUAAAGUGAUCUGCCGCCUCCUAGGAUAUCAAGGCAUUGCAGUGGUGAUGGAGGAAUUGCUGAAAGUUGUGAAAAGCCUGUUACAAGGCACAAUUCUGCAGUAUGUGAACACUCUUAUGGAAGUGAUGCCAAAAAUCUGCAGGCUGCCCAGACAUGAGUAUGGAUCCCCAGGCAUCUUGGAGUUCUUCCAUCAUCAGCUGAAGGACAUAGUGGAAUAUGCUGAGCUGAAGACCGUGUGCUUCCAGAAUCUGAGGGAAGUGGGCAAUGUUCUGCUCUUCUGUCUUCUCAUUGAACAGAGCCUGUCACUAGAAGAAGUGUGUGACCUGCUCCAUGCUGCACCUUUCCAGAACAUUCUGCCCAGAGUCCAUGUUAAAGAAGGGGAACGUCUGGAGGCAAAGAUGAAACGACUGGAAUCAAAGUACGCUCCACUCCACCUGGUGCCACUCUUAGAAAGAUUAGGGACUCCUCAGCAAAUUGCCAUAGCAAGAGAAGGUGAUUUACUGACCAAAGAACGUCUCUGCUGUGGCUUGUCGAUGUUUGAAGUUAUUCUUACUCGAGUCCGCACUUUUCUUGAAGAUCCUAUUUGGCGCGGCCCUCUUCCCAGCAAUGGUGUGAUGCAUGUAGAUGAGUGCGUAGAGUUCCAUAGACUCUGGAGUGCUAUGCAGUUUGUCUACUGCAUACCAGUGGGUGCUCAUGAAUUCACCGUGGAGCAGUGUUUUGGUGAUGGCCUUCACUGGGCUGGCUGUAUGAUCAUUGUUCUUUUGGGUCAGCACCGGCGCUUCAACGUUAUGGACUUCUGCUAUCAUCUGCUGAAAGUACAGAAACAUGAUGGCAAGGAUGAGAUAAUCAAGAAUGUGCCUUUGAAGAAGAUGGUGGAACGCAUACGUAAAUUCCAGAUGCUGAACGAUGAGAUAUUUUUCAUCUUCGAAAAGUACUUGAAGGCAGGAGAUGGAGAAAGUACACCAGUAGAACAUGUGCGCUGCUUCCAGCCUCCCAUACACCAAUCACUAGCCAGCAACUAAAGCCCCCCACCUGUACAAUUUCUCAUUGCCACACUGUAUAUUGCCUCCCUAUACUGUAUUUUCUGAUAGAGACUGCAAAAUAAGGCAGG